AUGAUGAACGUCAAGCCAUCUCGCUCCCUCGUCAGCGCUGGCUCUACAGUGAAGGAUAUUGAGGGCGAUGAACUUCCAUACCCUCCCAUGCCAAAGCCGGAGAGCCUGACUGAUCGAGUGAUCUGUACGAUCUGCUCCGAGCCAAUAAACAUGUUUCUCUUGACAGAGGACAGGUGGAAAGCCCAUGUCGAUGCAGACCUACAUCCCUAUGUUUGCAUAUCCGAGCAAUGCAAAGAGCCUCUCAAAUUCUUCCAACGGAAGCAAGACUGGGUAGAGCACAUGCAAACUCGGCACACUCUAGAGUGGGCGCAGAAGAUUCACACCGAGGUAUGGCAAUGCGACAUUGGGCACUCAGAAACCAAAUACUUUGACCAGAAGGAUCACUACUUGGAUCAUUUGAAAACCCAACAUGAUGGGCAAUUUACUUCCUCCCAGAUCCAAGGGCGAGCAAGACGCAACAAGAAGACAGCCACUCGAGAGCCCUUUGUAUGUCCUUUCUGCGACUGCAUACCCGACGACAUCGAGUAUAUUGUUCACGAGAAACCGUAUAGCAAGUUGGCAACACAUAUCAGGCGUCAUCUCAAGUACAUCUCCUUUUUCUCGUUAUCGUACCUUGGUGUCGACUUUGGCGAUAGUGAGAGCACCACUGGUUCCUCGAGCGACGACAACGAGGAGAGAGCCAGCCGAUCAUCGCACUCGCUCAGUCGCCUCAAAGACGUGUCACUUUCCGAUAUUCCUGAAACCGAGAUCACUGGCCACUCCCGCAGGGUCCAAGGGGAGGUGUUCCCAGACGUUCCGCUAGAUAUCGACGAUUCUGACUGGAGCUUUAUCCCUCAGGCACCUCUGGAGACAAAUUGGGACAUGCUGAAAAAAGGUUUUGGAUCUGAACAUCCUGUUCCAGAGCAACCGUUGCAAUAUGAACUUCCAGCCGAGUUGCUUGCUCAGACGGAAUUGCAUGACAAGCAGCCAUGCACACCCAGCAUUAAGGUGCCAGUGGAUGACAAGAGACCAAGCGACAUGUCUUCUUUUCACGAGCAAAUCCCUUCUCAGUUCUUGGCUAUUGCUAUUGACUUUGGUACGGUCUCCUCAAGUGUUUCCUACGCCUUCUCCACAGACGACUCGAUCCACGACAUAGCAGGAUACCCGGGCUUUCAAUCCGUUCACGGUGAUCCCACUCAAGUUCCCACGAUUGUCGAUCUCAAGACGGGUUCAUGGGGCUACCAAGUCGAGCCCAGCAUGGAGAAGUCCAUCAAGUGGCUCAAGCUCCUCCUCCUCAAUGAGGACGAAAUUCAGUACGACGAAAUUCGCAACUGGCGCAUCAGGCAGGGCCAACGACUUCAUGAGCUAGGAACAACGGCUGUUGAUGUAGUAUCGACGUUUCUGAGAAAGAUCUGGAGCCAUACGUUGAAUCGACUAAAGGUGGUGUUGGCCUUCAGCUUGCUGCCGCUGAGGGUUGCGAUCACGGUUCCAGCAAUCUGGCCGCCUUAUGCCGAGAGAGCCAUGAGGCAGGCGGCUCAGAUGGCCGGAAUUCUUGAUAAAAGAGACGCUGGUGAGACUUUACUGAGGCUCGUUCAAGAACCUGAGGCUGCUGGGCUACAUUUUUUGCUAGAGAUGCAACCAGAUGUCCAUUAUGGGGAUUCGUUUGUCGUUUGCGAUGCCGGCGGCAGCUCAGUUGAUGUCGUCACUUACUUGGUUGAAUCGGUUGAACCAUUUCGAGUGAAGGAGUGUGUCAUCGGGAGUGGAACGUUUGCUGGGGGGAUACUCAUCAACGAAAAAUUCGUUCGAUACUUGUCAACCAAAGAAAACUUCAAUCUGAAGCAUCUCAAUCCUGACGAGCUUUUGGCUUUGAUGAGGACAUGGGAAACGAACCAUAAGAGCGAGAAGACGGAAAUGUUCUUCCACGAAUCCUCUACCAGCAUCCAGACCUUGGUUCACCAGCAGUGCAUUGCCGCAAAACAACAGCCAAAGUAUAUCUUCCUCACUGGGGGGUUAAGUGGCUCGCCUUAUAUCUGCAAGAACCUGGAGAACAGUAACCUUUCUGUCAAAAUAGCCAAAUCACGAUCAGGGAGCUCAGCCGUAGCUCACGGUGCUGUUGCUAGACUCCUACAGUAUGGAGUUCUCGAGCAGGUAUCUAUCAGUGCCGAACAACAAUAUUUUCUCACCGUGUUACCUGAGAUCACAGCUCGCAAGUCGCGGUACAGCUAUGGGGUCGCUGUAAAGCGUAACAUCCUAGCUCUCAGGGACUACGACCCGGAGCAAGACAAGGUAGAAAUAGAUCAUGAUGGCCAAAGAGUUACGACCCGCCUGAGUUGGUGCCUCUUCGCAGCAAGUUCACCUCACAUCCCGACUCUAUUUCCGUAUCCUAACCCAUCACAGGGCGACGAGGUAGAGCGCCACUCGCCAGUCGUCAUAAGGCACAUCAAUUACAAUAGUUACCAGCUGCCCGAGCGGCUUGAGUUCGAGAUCGUUUACAGCGCGUCCCGUACAGUACCUAAUCGGCCUGGCCCGAGGGUCAAGAACCUAGGUCGGAUAGAGUGCAUUUGGGACAAGACGUUGGAGAAGCGGAAGCGAGGUGAAUGGUCGGGGUACGACAGACUCACACUGGCGAUGGUCUUUGACGGUGAGCAGCCCAAAUUGCGAUGGGAGAAGGCUAGACCGAAUCAGUCAAUUUGGUUGAGUUGA